AUCCUGAUGGCGGGCCCGGUACGACAAACCGCGUGCAGAUUGCUAUCGGCCGUCGCUGGCAGCGGUAGUAGCGGUGCUGUGUCGGACGAUUGUGUCGGAGCGAUGGCACGGAUCAUACCGGGAAUAUUCAAGCACUCGCGCUGCCGGAACAGCGUCUACCCGCACAGUGACGUCCGGCGGUACCCGGUGCCGGACGAGUCCGUCUUCUGGACGCAAACGUACGCCGACUAUCAGCCACCGGUGCACGAAUCGCCCGUACUCCAAGGGAAAGAGUGGGCCGAUCCGGAUAUUGAUAAUCCUUCAUUCAAACCGAACUGGAACGAGCUGGACGGGAAGGUCAAUCGGGUGAGCUUCAUCGGGGCGUACGAGAUCCGGGACGGGUGCCCGCUCAACCCGUUCGGCCGCACCGGCAUCCGGGGGCGCGGUGUGCUGGGCCGCUGGGGCCCGAACCAUGCGGCCGAUCCGGUCGUAACGCGCUGGAAGCCGGACGGCCCCGAGGGCCACCCGCUGGUGCACCCGGCCAGUGGCAAGCGCGUGCUGCAGAUGUGCGCCAUCGAGCGGCAGGACUGUGGCGAGUGGGCCAUCCCGGGCGGCAUGGUCGACCCGGGCGAGAAGGUAAGCGCGACGCUGCGGCGCGAGUUUCUCGAGGAAACGAUGGACAACGAUGCGGGCGAGAUGGCGGGCGAGGUGGAGCAGUUCUUUGCCGCCGGGACGGAGAUUUACAAGGGCUACGUGGACGAUCCGCGCAACACGGACUGCGCGUGGAUGGAGACGGUGGCGGUGAACUUUCACGACGGGUCGGGCUCGGUCGUGGGCCGCUUCCCGCUGCACGCCGGCGACGAUGCGGCCCAGGUCCGCUGGAUGGACGUCGGCGAGGGGGUGAAGCUGUACGCCAGCCAUUCGAACAUUGUCAAGCGUGUGGUCGAUAUGCUGGAGGCUCACUGGUGAGGGGCGCCGCGCGGGUGAAAAUCGUAACGGAAAAGCGGCAGCAAUGAUUGGCACGCACGGCAAUCGGCACACGGUAGCCUUUUUUGUUGUUAGUGUUUUUCGCGGUGGGAAGGUAACGGUUUGACCUUCGUGCAGUCAUACAGACAGACAGACGGGACAGGCUUUCGCACAAACGAUCACGAAAUAAACGCCAUUUUCGGUUUACUCUACAAUGUUGCACAGGGGUGGGGGAGAGAUUGUUGGCACAAUUGAUGUUGUUUUUUGGUGAUUAAAAUAAUCGUAACAUGUAUUUCUGCCUUCCCAGGAUUUUGUUUUGUUUUCCAUUUUCCCCCGUUUUGUUUUCCUCGCCUCUGCCCCCUUUUUUCGACUCCCUGUUCUUCCUGCGGUUAACUUCUGCAAUGCAGCUCUCGCUUCAAGCUUGCGUUUGGUUUGGAUUAUUUGCACGAGAUUCAUCCAUUUUCGCUUUUUUGUGUUUGUGGGAUAGUAAUAACUUUUUUUAUGAGGGAAAUUCUCACUCACUUCUCUGUCGUUUCAACACGGCCAACAGGAUUGGCUUCUAGAACACAAUCCUAUUAGAGUGAGGUCCAUACACUGUAUCUUCUUCGGUUUAGUAUGCACUGCUGUUACACUAUGUUUUGCUUAUAGGUUUUUUUUUUUAAUUUUCUAGCCAGAUUCUUCCGACGGGUUUAAUAUAGUUGAAGCCCUUCGCGAGCGUUGGUUUGGUUUGAAUGUGAUAAGUUUGAGGAAUAAAUUAAUUAUAGGGAAAUAAAACAUAAUUGAACCGUCCCCAAGCAGAACCUAAUGGCACUUAUCCAGCAUAAUCUAAAUCCCUACCAUACAAUAAUCCUUAAACAUAAGCGUUAAAGCACACAGCAAAAAUA